AUGGCGGACCGCUACAUUCCCGAGCAUCGCCGCACCACCUUCAAGGCAAAGAACUUGCUCAAGCCCGAUGAGCUUCGCCGCCGCCGCGAGGAACAGCAGGUCGAGAUCAGAAAGCAGAAGCGCGAGGAGAACCUUGCAAAGAGACGAGGAAUCACCCGCGGCGAGACUCUUGGUGCCUCGCUGGGCGCCGCUCCCGACAGUGAUGAUGAGUCGACAACUAUCGAGAGCCAGCUCCCCCAGAUGGUCCAGGGUGUUUUCUCAGACAAGAUCGAGGACCAGAUCGCUGCCACCACAAAGUUCCGCAAGCUGCUCUCAAAAGAGCGUAACCCGCCCAUUGAGAAGGUCAUCGAGACCAACGUCGUUGGCCGUUUUGUCGAAUUCCUCCGCUCUCCCCACACUCUCGUCCAGUUUGAGGCUGCCUGGGCAUUGACCAACAUUGCUUCUGGUUCUGCCCAGCAAACACAGGUCGUCAUCAAUGCCGGCGCCGUCCCCAUCUUCGUCGAGCUGCUUAAGAGUCCCGAGCCCGAUGUCCGCGAGCAGGCCGUCUGGGCCCUCGGUAACAUUGCUGGUGACAGCCCGCAAUGCAGAGACUUUGUCCUCCAGUGCGGCGCCCUCCAGCCUCUGGUCGCCCUUCUUGGUGACAGCCGCAAGCUCAGCAUGCUCCGCAACGCCACCUGGACUCUGAGCAACUUCUGCCGUGGAAAGACNCCCCAGCCCGACUGGAACACUAUCGCUCCUGCCCUGCCUGUUCUUGCCAAGCUCGUUUACUCCCUCGACGAUGAAGUCCUCAUCGAUGCCUGCUGGGCUAUCUCGUACCUCUCUGACGGCUCCAACGACAAGAUCCAAGCUGUCAUUGAGGCCAACAUCCCCCGUCGUCUCGUCGAACUGCUUAUGCACGCCUCCACCUCUGUCCAGACCCCUGCUCUCCGCUCAGUCGGCAACAUUGUCACUGGUGACGACGUUCAGACCCAGGUCAUUAUUAACUGCGGCGCUCUUCCCGCUCUGCUCUCUCUUCUGAGCUCCACCAAGGAUGGCAUCCGCAAGGAGGCUUGCUGGACCAUCAGCAACAUCACUGCUGGCAACUCCACUCAGAUCCAGGCUGUUAUCGACGCCAACCUGAUGAGCCCUCUCAUCCACCUUCUUUCCAACGGUGACUUCAAGACCCGCAAGGAGGCUUGCUGGGCCAUCUCCAACGCCACCUCUGGUGGUCUCCAGAAGCCCGAUCAGAUCCGCUACCUUGUCCACCAGGGUGCUAUCCGUCCUCUGUGUGACUUGCUAUCGUGCCCUGACAACAAGAUCAUUCAGGUCGCUCUUGACGGUCUUGAGAACAUUCUCAAGGUUGGUGACAUGGACAAGGAGGCCGCUGAGGGUACCAACGAGCCCCCUGUCAACCGCUACGCCCUCUUCAUUGAGGAGUGCGGUGGUAUGGAGAAGAUCCACGAUUGCCAGAACAACGCCAACGAGGAGAUCUACAUGAAGGCAUACAACAUCAUCGAGAAGUACUUCUCCGACGAGGAGGCUGAGGGUGACAUGAACGAGCUUGCUCCUCAGGCCGGUCAGGAUGGUCAGUUCGGCUUCGGUGCUCAACAGCAACAGCAAAACUUCAACUUUGCCAACGGUGGCGAUUCGAUGGAUAUGUAA